UCCUCUGAGACUGACAGCCCGUUAGCUGCUGCUUCUGCUCACCGGCAAUGAGACAGCAAACACGGAUGCCAUACGACAACCUGAGAUGGAUUUGAUGAGAACUUUUCAGCACUGCAAAGACGGAUAUUUUUCAGACACCGUCGUCCAUUGAGAGCAGAAGGCGUGUCGGGUUCAUUUUUAGUCUCGGGGGUGGGUAAAAGGAGACUCUACGUCCGGGAGAGGGAAUGGAUGCGACGCCUGGUUUCCUGCGACACGCACCGGCCAGCUAAGAGGCUUGUAGAUUCACUUUGAAGACCACUUGAGCGCAGCUGAAUUUACUCACGGUUUGACUUAUUUCUCCGUGCUUAAAGUGACCGUAAUAUCCGCAGAAAUAGUCGUAAUCGGGGGCGGGGGGGGGGGGGGUUGAAGGGUACACGAAGUUCCGGAGGAGCGUAGCUAAUUGACCCAACGCUGCGAUAGCUAGCCAGCGGCUAGCUAAAUUUCGCACUCUUUGUUUAUUUAUUUUUGUAAUCGAUUAUAGUGAUUUUUAUUUUCCUGACCCCGGGCUGAUAGUCUAGUUAGGAGGAGGAUCGCCGCCUGUAAGCUUGCGUUUUAGCCUAACUGCAGCUGGGGACGUUUGGCUUGGUUUUUAAGGUACAUAAAUCACAUGACUUCUUCACUUAUGGCUCGUUAUCUGUGGUAGCUAGUAGGCAGCGCAGCUUUUUGGCCACGAGAAACUCCUUCGCCAUAAAGAUGCACCAUCAGGACUUCUCCGGAGACCAGUCAGGGACCGGGAGCCGGAAAACGGCUUACCACUACAGGAGAGGCAGCAGCGGCGCGCCCCCUGCCUCCUCAGCAGCCGGUGGCAGCGGAGCCGUUGACGACAAUCCAACCCAGGUUGGAUCCUCUUCUCCCGGACUCCACCACCAGCCCCAGUCCCAAGUGGCUGGAGCACAGGUGAAGAAGAAAAGCGGCUUCCAGAUAACAAGUGUCACCUCCGCUCAGAUAAACGUGAGCGGCAACAACAGUUUGGCAGAUGAUACAGAGAGCUAUGAUGAUAUGGAUGAGUCCCACACUGAGGACCUAUCCUCCUCUGAUAUGCUGGAUGUGUCUGUGUCAAAGGCUACUGAUACAGGUGUGCCGGAGAGGAGCUCUUCUGACGAGACUUUGAACAGCCUCCAUGGAGUCGACACACCUGGACUUGUGUCACCAAAUGAGCCUCUGCAACCCCUGCAACCUCAUUCUAUUUCCCAGGGGUCUCAGCAUCACCUGUCUAUGGUAAAUGGAACUGUGCAUCAUCAAUACUAUCCUCAGCACCACAGCCAGGCCCACCAUCAUCACUCUGACAGCUUAGGGGGAGGUGAUGCAUCACUGCCAACACUUCCCAUUGCUCCUUUGGCAAGCUCCAGCCCAUCUAUAGUUUCCAAAGUUGGUCUUAACCAGCCUCAGAGGCCACCAGUAUUUGAUAAUACUAAACCUGCAGGGGUGGCAAGCCAACCAGCACCCCCUGUUGUUGGUUCAACAGCCACUGAUCCACCUAUACAAGGCAAUGUGAACAUUUCUAAUGUACCUGCUGUUGCUGCUGCUCCUGCAGCUCAUCUUGCAGGUUUUGACAAUGCUAAUGUGAGUGGGCAGGUAGCUGCUGUUGGUGGAGGAACUGGUCCAUCAUCUGCUGCUCCCAGCACUCAAACCCACCACACCCAAGCUCAGACAGCCACUGGCUCUCGUUUCAGGGUGGUCAAACUAGACACUAACUCAGAACCGUUCCGCAAAGGAAGAUGGACAUGCACAGAGUAUUAUGAAAAGGAGAUUCCUCAUCCAGCUACAUCGGAGACACCAAAAGGUGCAGAGGUGGUUGCAGACACUGAGGCAGGUAAUGCUGGGAUUAGUCCAGGCAUAGCUGCUGUACAGCCACCUCACACGCUGCAGCCCUAUCAGCCGCCAAGCCAGGACUUCACUAGUCCACAAGCCAUACAGAGUCCACCGCAGGGACUGGCACAAACCACUCCUCUAACCUAUGUUUCACCUCAGGAGGUUGUUGCAGGGAAGCCAGUGGUUCCUGUCAGUGUCCCUCCAGCAUCCCCACAGGUGACACCACAGACUGGUGUGAGUCAGCCUCUACCUGUAAAACCCCAUCAGGUGCCCUAUUCUGUGGAUCCCCACCAGGCUCAACCCCAGGGAGGGUACCCUGCACCUCAGCUCCAAGCAGGUGUCAUGGCCCCAGCAAGUGUCAGACAACCAGACUUUAUCCAGCCCACUGCACCUUUCCAGACACAAGUCCAACCUCCGCCGCCACAUAUCACAGCUGGAAUCUCUGUGACACCAGUGCCAGGGGUUGCAGCACAUCCACCAAUCACCCAGCAGCUGCCCCAUCAAGGUCAGGUUGCCCCACCUCCUCCGGCAACCAUUGCUGUAGGACAGUUACAGACCCUCCCACCUCCACCCCAUCCUCACCCACAGCCACAAAUCCAGCCCCCCUCUGCUGGCACUGUCCCCUUAGUACCCACCCAUGGGACCCCCUACAUGCCUCUGACUGCACUGCAGGCUGACCUGCAGCCCAUCCUCACACCAGGCACACCCUUCACCCAUGUUCCUGCUGGAGGGAGCUCAAUAAAAACAUCCCAGCUGGAGGACGCCCAGAAGCUUCUACUCCAGCACCAAGGCCUGCUGGGCUUGCCCAGGCUGGGGGCUGUGGCAGGUGUAGAGGGGGCAGUGGAAGCUGGCACGGCUGCUGGAACUCUGGCCCAUAUGGGGAUGUCAGCUGAGGCUAGCGCCUUCAUGGUGGCUGCAGGCCUGAGGACUCAUCAUGGUGAAGGAGAGGAGGACAGCUCGUCGGGUGCAAGUGUGGUGGCCAUCGACAACAAGAUCGAGCAAGCAAUGGAUCUGGUCAAGAGCCACCUGAUGUACGCCGUGCGCGAGGAGGUGGAGGUGCUGAAGGAGCAGAUCAAAGAGCUGAUCGAGCGCAACACACAGCUGGAGCAGGAGAACAACCUGCUCAAGACCCUGGCCAGCCCCGAGCAGAUGGCUCAGUUCCAGGCUCAAGUUCAGACCGGUGGCUCCCCGACCGGCGCCGCCCAGCCUCCAGUCCCGGCCGGCCCCUCCAUGCAGAACUCCGGCACAUCUGCGUAACCCAGACGCUGGAGAGCCCCCUGGGGAUGGAAGAAAGAAGAGGAGGAGGAGGAAGGAGUCUCGCCAUACUGUGAACGGACUCUAACAUCAAAACCGACUCUGCCACCGUUUGAGGGAGCGCACACUCGGACUUAACCGGAGGAUGAACCACUCUCUUUUGUUGCACAUUUUAUUUAACUGACUUUGGAGUCGCACCUGUGUGUGUGUGUGUCUGUGUGUGUCUGUGUGUGUGCGCGCGCAUCUUUGCCUCGUCUCCAACUUUUACCACCCGCUUCAGACAAUCCUUGUUGUCAUGCUGAUCAUCGCGUUUGUGAUGAUGAUGAUGAUGCGGGGGAAGGGACAGAGCUGACAGCAGCCGACCCUGUCGCCAUUGUUCAAGGCUGAAAAGGAGGGUGGGAGGAGCUAACAAGGGCCCGGCCAAUCAAACGAACAGGCUCUUGUCGGUGCCGUCGAAUCCCUCGCAGCGUGACCCACUGAAAACGUGCCAUCGUCUCUUGCCUCCCCUCUCUGCCGCUGCUUCACCUCACCUCAACUGUCCAUCAGCGCAGUUUUUUUUUUUUUUUUUAAACUCAUCUUUCUGUUUUCCCAUGCGCACUUUUUUCAAACUUUUAACAAACGAAAGAAGAUUUAUACGACCCGCCCUGGAUUGGGAAAGUCCUGGGUUUCUGAGGAUCACCAGUCUUGACAUUCUUCAAGGAAGGAUGGUCAUAAAAAAAAAAAACAUAAAUAAAUACAUAAUAAUAAUGAAAUAUUAGCUGCUCUUCAUUGUUCACUUUGAGAACUCAGCUUGAGGUCCACGUCGCCCACCCUUAACGCACCCUCCCUGCUCUUUCUUGGAUGGAGCAUUAAAGAUUUAUGCAGGGAAUCAAUGUUUUUUUAGGGAGGGCUGGGAGAGGCUUAUUUUGUCUUUUUUGUUUAUUUGUUUUUUUUCUCUUGUUGAUGUAAUUAAUGUCCAAGUGGUCUGUUAAAAAAAUAAGACAGGACGGCAGUUCAAUAGGACAUGACUGUUUCUAGCUAGUGAACUUUGUAUAGAUGAAAAAUUCCCAGUUAAACUCUGCCAAGUGCCUGGUUUCUAACCAUAGAUACAUAUAUAGAAGCCUUUUUUUAAGUUGUUCUACUACUUUUGUAUAUAUAUCUAUGGUUUUGCCAGGUUUUUUUGAACUACCUGUGAUGUCAUUACUCAGGGUGGGAACAGAAGAGGACGUUUUACCUCCACACUAAGAUGCUGUCUCUCCUGCGGUGACACACAGCCUUGUACUGUAUCUGCUGUCGCUUCAAACUCACUCACUCAAAUGAUCUGGACUCUUUAACCAUUUGGGGACGUGUGUAGUUCUUUUUUAAUCUUAUUAUUUUUUGUGUUUUUUUUUUUUUUUUUGUACAGCCAGGUGUUUGAGUUGCUCGUUGUGCAACUGGAGCGCUGAACACAAUGAGACAUCUGGCUUUAAAAAAAAAAAGGAAAGGAAAAUGCCCAGCAGAAGUAAAUUGAUGUUUUGUGCAUGUUCCUCAGCCCAUCACAAAUGUGACGUUUCAAUUGCACUAGACAGUUGCACCUCAAAUAAAAAGAGAAAAAAGAAAAA